AUGCAGGGAAAACUUGGACAAGCUGUGUGGAGGCAAGAAAUAUGGUUAUUUUACAUCGAGGGCAGUGCCACCAUUCUAGUCGCGAUUUGUGCCUUUUUCAUUCUUCCUGAUUUCCCACACAAUACCAAAUGGCUUACUGCAGAGGAAAGAGCACUUGCUAUUUCUCAUCUUGCAGAAGAUGGCACUGACGAACUUGGGAAACGGACGACCAUGCAAGGACUGCGGGAUGCUGUGUGCGACUGGAAGGUGUGGUGGUUUUCAGUUGCACUCAUUAUCCAGUUUGUGGCGCUAUCAUUCAUCAUUUACUUCCCGAUGAUCGUCGCGACUCUUGGAUAUGAUACAAUGAACACUUUGCUGCUCUGCGCUCCUCCAUGGGUAUUCUCUACAAUAGUUGCAUUUGUUAUCUCAAGGUACUCUGAUAAGACGCAAAAGUGUCACGUGUUCCUUGUUGUUUCGAGUGCACUCGCUGGUGUUGGUUUCAUCAUAUCCAUCUGCACAAUGAACACGGCUGCACACUAUACUUCGGUUUUCCUCAUGGCUCAAAUCUCUGCUGCAUAUAUGGUGAUCUGGGGAUGGAUCAACAAUGUAUUCGCCAGAGAACCUGCCAAGCGAGCUGUUGCAAUCGCUUUGAUCAAUGGACUGUUGCAGACCAGAAAUAUCAUUGGAGCAUUCGUCUGGCCGAUCAACUGGGGACCUACGUAUCAUUAUUCCUACGCCAUCUGCCUCGCAGCACUUGGGGUGUCAACGACAAUGUUUGGUGUGAUGUACUUGUAUUUGAGGCGAGUGAAUGAAUGA